UCAACCAUUCUACAUAUAUAAAAUAUCACAUUACCAUUUGCAUCUUCCUCCUCCACCUCUGCCACCUACUAAGCAUUCGACGGUUUGUGAGGUUGCUCUUGAAACAUCUAGCACCCAAGCCAAAAUGGUUCUCCAAAACGAUGUUGAUUUGUUGAAUCCUCCAGCUGAACUUGAGAAGAAGAAGCACAAGCUCAAGCGUCUCGUUCAGUCCCCCAACUCUUUCUUCAUGGAUGUCAAAUGCCAAGGCUGCUUCAACAUAACAACUGUGUUUAGCCACUCUCAAACUGUGGUGGUCUGUGGUAACUGUCAGACUGUUCUUUGCCAGCCGACCGGAGGUCGAGCCAGACUCACGGAGGGAUGCUCUUUCAGGAAGAAGGGAGACUGAUUUGCUACACGAAUUGAGGCGAGUCUCGGUUGCUCGGAGCAUGGGUUAUCUUUCUGUUUUUGAAGAAAUUGGUCUGAAC